GAUACAGCUUCGUUGGCAGGAGCGGCUGCGAUGGCCUCGCUUUCCUCCUCCUCCUCGGCAUCCCUGUCGUUGGCAGCGCUCGUGGGGGAGACGGUGAUGACGCCUUCAGGUCAGGCCAACGUCAUCUACCUGGCUGUGAAUGAGAGCAGCCCAGGCAGUCUGCUGCUGCAGCUGUGUGAGCUGCUGGCCACCACACCACUGCAGGGUUUGGUGUUUGAGGAGGAGAGACCGCCGCCGCCAAACCGCGCCCCUCUCGCCCCCAUGCUGGAGUUUGUCUCCGCCCAGACGGGGGUUCCUGUGGUUGCUGUAGGGGGAGGGGCUAGCCUGGGACGAGAGCCACAGGAGAGCGGCUCCAUCUACCUCCAGUUCACCUGCUCCACUUCCCUCCAGCUGGAAGUCAUCUUUGAGGUGCUCGAAGAGUACGACUGGACCGCCUUCUCUGUGGUGACAACCCGUCACCAUGGCUAUGAGGACUUCCUGGCCAUGGUGGAGGGUAUGACAGAUGGUUCCUUCAUCGGCUGGGAGAAGAAGAGCGUGGUGACUCUAAACGUGACGGACGACCCUGGUGGGGCGCGAACCAAAAGGGUGCUCAAAGACAACGAAGCACAGGUCCGUCUGCUCUACUGCUCCCUGGAGGAGGCUGAGGUGGUUUUCAAAGCAGCCUGGGCGGCAGGUCAGGCUGGGCCCAGUCACAUGUGGUUCGCCGUGGGACCAGCCCUGUCUGGUUUGGGCCUGGAGGGGCUGCCCAAGGCCUUGUUCGCUAUCCGGCCACAGGGCUGGAGGGACGAGCCACGCAGGCGCAUUGCCAAGGGCGUCUCUGUGCUCACCCACGGGGCGAUGGCUCUGCGGAGAGACCAGGGGGCCACCAGCCGGUCGCAGUAUGCCGGCAACUGCCAGAGCGACGGUAACCAGACCCACAGAGUGCCAGAUAGAAUCAGGUACUUUACCAACAUAUCCAUCGGUGGGCGGGACUACUCCUUCAACAGUGACGGCUACCUGUCCAACCCGCUGCUCGAUGUCAUCUCCUACACCAAUGGGAGAGGCUGGGAGGAGGUUGGCUGGUGGGAGAACGGCCACCUGCGUCUGCGUUACCAUCCUUGGUCCCGUUACGGCUCCUUCCUGAAGCCCCUGGAUGACUCCCAGCACCUCCGAGUGGUCACACUGGAGGAGAGGCCCUUUGUGAUUGUGGAACCCGCUGACCCGGGCACCAGCUCCUGCAUCCGUGACUCUGUCCCCUGCCGCAUGCCCGUCAACUCCAGUUUGGUGGUGGACAGCACGGGGCCUAUGAAGCACUGCUGCAAAGGCUUCUGCAUCGAUGUCCUGAAGCGAUUGGCCAAAAUUGUGGGCUUUACCUAUGACCUUUACCUGGUGACCAAUGGAAGGCACGGGAAGAACAUUGAUGGGGAGUGGAACGGCAUGGUCGGAGAGGUGGUGUCCAACAGGGCCGACAUGGCCAUCGGCUCUCUCACCAUUAACGAAGAGAGGUCAGAGGUUGUGGAGUUUUCUGUUCCGUUCGUGGAGACCGGCAUCAGCGUCAUGGUCUCCCGUAGCAACGGCACUGUAUCGCCUUCUGCGUUUCUUGAGCCCUACAGCCCGGCAGUGUGGGUGAUGAUGUUUGUGAUGUGCCUGUCGGUGGUGGCUGUCACCGUCUUCAUCUUUGAGUUCUUCAGCCCCGUGGGAUACAACCGUAGCCUGCAGAGCGCCAAAAAGUCGGGUGGAUCUAAGUUCACUAUAGGGAAGUCGGUCUGGCUGCUGUGGGCUUUGGUCUUUAACAACUCUGUGCCUGUGGAGAAUCCCAGAGGAACCACCAGCAAGAUCAUGGUGCUGGUGUGGGCCUUCUUCGCUGUCAUCUUCCUGGCCUCCUACACUGCCAACCUGGCUGCCUUCAUGAUCCAGGAGGAGUACAUCGAUACAGUGUCGGGACUGUCAGAUAAGAAGUUCCAGCAGCCGACAGAGCAGUACCCGCCGCUUCGUUUCGGCACAGUGCCAAACGGCAGCACAGAGGAGAACAUCCGCUCCAACUACCCCAACAUGCAUCAGUACAUGAUCCGCAACAACCAGAAGGGUGUGGAGGAGGCCAUUGACAACCUCAAGACAGGGAAACUGGAUGCCUUCAUUUAUGACGCUGCGGUGUUGAACUAUAUGGCCAGAAAGGACGAGGGCUGCAAGGUGAUGACCAUCGGCUCUGGCAAGGUGUUCGCCACAACAGGCUACGGCAUCGCCCUGCACAAGAACUCCCGCUGGAAACGGCCCCUGGACCUGGCGCUGCUGCAGCUGGUUGGAGACGAUGAGAUCGAUAUGUUGGAGCGUCUCUGGCUGUCGGGUAUCUGCCACAACGAUAAGAUCGAGGUGAUGAGCAGUAAGCUGGACAUAGACAACAUGGCAGGGGUCUUCUACAUGCUUCUGGUGGCCAUGGGUCUCAGCCUCCUGGUUUUUGCCUGGGAGCAUCUUGUGUACUGGAAACUACGGCACUGUGUGAAGCGAUCUGGUGGGAUGGACUUCCUCCUGGCUCUUAGCAGGGUGAGAGAGGGUGGCAAAGAUACCCUUUACAUCUUACCCCAACAAGCAUCCUGGUUUAUUGGGUUAUAAUUGGGUAACAUAUCAGCAAAUAAAACAGACAA